CCUUACAGUUCUCCCCUUCUCCUUCGCCGACACGUCGCAACUUUCUUCAUGAUGACGCUGAGAACGAUGAAUCCUCGGACAAGGCGUCGCAACGCUCAAUUUCGCUUUCUUCACCCAGAGAUUCUGUGCUUUCACAGAACGAGCAACCACUUCACACUUUUGAACAUUUCACAACGCCAAAGGCUUCGGACACGCCUUUCUCGGUCAGCCGUAUGGAUGAUAAAGACAAGGUACACGACACGGUGGAGACAGAGUCUACCGAAACUAGAGAGGCCGCUAUUCUCUCACCAUCGAGUUCGAGUCUCAGUGCCGACGAAACACGCAGAAGUUCCCAGACGUCGGUUACGACUUCGUCUAUCAAGUAUCCGCCUCCUCAGGUGAAAUACUCAGAAAGCGACGCAGCGUCGAUGGUAUCUUACGCUUCUUCGUCGUCGCGGAAGGCACGUCCAGAGUCAAUGCUUGUGGAACCACCCAUCGGCCCUAUAGUACCUGGUAUUGCACUUGUUGACUUUAACCAUCUGGUUGGACCGAAGAUUGAGUUUUGUGACGGUUCGGUGUUCGAUGACGAACAAAUAGCUGCUAUCUUACCUUUCCUGGCCCUACCUGACGGAGCCCACCUGAGUAGCGAGGACUACUCAUACUUCCACCUCGUUCCAGCCUCUCCACACCCCAGUACAAUCUUCGGCAUAUCCUGCAACCGACAAAUCAAGACCUCCGAUUUACUAGCAAAGGAUGACGACGUAACACGAUCGACUGUUCAGAAAGCUGUUGUCGUCCUUGCCUCGAAGCCGGUCUUCGGGCCUAUUCGUGAUCGGCUUGGUGUAGUUACUCAGGCUUUAUUCAGUCAACGUGAUUUCCGUGAGACUGGGAUUCUGGUUGAUUUUAAGUCUUCACUUGAGAUGUCUUUACGAAAUCAGCUCACAGAGAGCGCAAUGUAUAUGGGCACUAGCUUACGAGAACUGGUGCAUAAAUUCCGAAGUCGGACUUUAUUGUUACUCAAGUCACUUAUGUUACAAAAACGAAUAAUGUUCUACGGACACCCCGUGGAGAGACUCUGCACAUACCAAUAUUCCCUUAUUUCAUUGAUACCCGGCUUAUUACAGAAUCUCGAUGAUUGUGGUUCUCCUCCACUUGCUUCUCGGGCACUUACGCUUUUACCGGCUACUUCGCUCCGAACAAGUGACAGGAAGAGCUUAAUGGCCUAUCUCGGCCUACCUUUAGACGUUUUUGGGAAGGAUGCUUUCUUCCAACCAUACCUCCCACUGCAGCAGGUCGAUUUGAUAAAGGAUACCCGAAGCUAUGUUUGCGGAAGUACGAACUCAAUUGUUACACAGCAAAAGGAGAUCGAUCUUCUCAUAAACAUUGAAACCAACACCUUCGAAUUCCGGGAUCCUCAACUUGAGCGUCUGGUUGCAUUGACAUCUGCAGACCGAAAGUGGAUGGACGACAUUGUGAAGGAUGUUAAUGAAGGUUGGGACGAAACUAACCCUAGCAAAUCUACUAGCGUGCAGUUCAAGGGUAGCGACGACUACAUAAGAACAAAGUUCGAGGAAUAUGUCACUGCUGCGCUUUCGUCAGUGAAGUAUGCAGACUUCCUUACGAAGAGCUCUCGCUCAGAUGUGGUCGUAACUGGCGGAGACGGUGGUGACGCCAACGCAAUCCAAGACUUCAAUCCCCAAUGGAUCGCCGAGUUCCGACGGACUAAUGCGUUCGAAGUAUGGAACCGUGUUACAGAUCCAAUGAUUUUCGAUAUCGUCGAGGCUCGACACCCGUGUUCAGGGAAGCCCAGUGUCGUCGAGGACAUCGGACUCCGUCUACAAGAGGGUUUGCAAGAUUUGCAUCUGCAGGAACAACUGGCACCGACGCGAGAGGCGAUCAGUCGGACAUUUGCGACGAGUUCAACGAAUUUCCUCAAGGCUGUUGAAGGUGUUCGUGGACGUUGGGCACAGAGAUCUUCGAGUUCGCUGUCUGCUUCUGAAGGGGAGACUUCGACGAUCUCCAGUACGCCGGUGGAGGUUUCACGUUCGGAGGUCGACCUUGCUAAAGCAAAUGGCGGAGAUGGUGGAGAGACGACAAAUGGCAUGACCACCCGUUCUUCAACGCUGCCAACGACUCCCUCGCAGACGGGUUUACGACCGCUCUCCCUAUCAACCGGACCAGCACAGUCUAUUGCAUCAGACGCAAAGACAGCAAUCGGAUCAUGGGGCUCAAGCAUUGGUUCUUUCAUCUCACAACGAACAGCUCGUCUCUCCGUGCCACGUACAAACAGCGUCACAAGCGCUGGAAGCCAAAGCACAAGCAGUACAAGUGUAUUUUCGACGGAUGGUUCCCUAGUUUCGUCACCUGCUGAAAUUCAAGAUCCUAUUACCGCGCAAGAAAGAGUUGGUAAUGGGACUAAUUGGACUAAUGGAACUGCAGAGGCUGGUGAAUCGACUCCUGCGUCGACUCCGUUGACGAGUUUGUUCUCUUCUUGGUCCUUUGGAAAGGCCACUGCGUCUACUACGACGUCUCCUCCCCCUGUUUCGGCGCCAACGACUGCUCCGGACCAAGGAUUGGCGGCGAAACUAGCCGCGACGAACGGUGAUGUCCAGGUGCAGGAUCUUGAUUUCCAACCGCGAGAUCUUGGUGACUUCGAACCACCCAAAAGCUCUAAUUCUAGUAUACGAAACAGCGAGAGUGUGGAGACUGGUAUGGCAUUAUGAUGAGAAAAGCAAAUAGUUUUUGAAGGGUGGGGGAGAUCCACUGUAUCACAGUUUUUCCAGGCAUACCUCUUUGGAGAGGUGGUUUUCACACUUUCCCAAGAUGUUAAUAUAACACUAGGUCUGCCGUUUAUCACACCUCUCACAUGCUUACAGUAUAUACUACUGUGUACGUAUACGGAUAGACUCGGCUUCUGUCUUGCAGUCUAUUCCCACGCAUGUCGUAGAUAAA